ACACCUCUGCAUCGCAGGCCGCUGAUUGGCUGCCGGCGGUGUGUUGGCGGCGUCAUUGGCUUGCUGUGCGUGUUCACGGCGGUGACACCGGCUGCGGCGAGCAUCUUCUACGUGUGUUCUCUUUGCGUGCAGCAUCCAUCGACACCGGGGUAGCCGGCCCGUCUUUCGGGUUUCUUAGAUACAAUCUUCACUUUUCCCAGUAUCCAAAAUGCAGAUAAAAGAAGACAUGAAUCCAGUGCUGCUCUCCACUUUGCACUUUUUUAUGUGGCUUUAUGGCGUUAUUUCAUUUCUUCCAUGGUUCUUGCUGUCCAGAGCAGGAGAGAGGCAGAGACUUGCUAAACGAAUAAAAGCCAAACCUGCCAGUGAGGAUCCGAACAGCCCCGUCCGCUCAGUGGAUAGCUUCCAAAGUCUUGCCGCCUCGCUGUACCCAGGCUGUGAUACUCUGGACAAGGUCUUUAAGCACGCUACAGACCUUUUCAAAGACAAAGGAUGCUUGGGAACCAGAGAGGUGCUAAGUGAAGAAGAUGAAAUCCAGCCUAAUGGGAAAGUCUUUAAAAAGGUUAUCUUGGGAAAGUACAACUGGAUGACUUAUGAUGAGGCUUACUUGGCCGCCUCUCAUUUUGGAAGUGGGCUUGCUGUGCUGGACCAGAAGCCCCGAUCGAACAUAGCCAUUUUCUGUGAGACACGAGCGGAGUGGAUCAUAUCGGCACAGGCGUGCUUCAUGUACAAUUUCCCACUUGUCACAUUGUAUUCAACAUUGGGUGGUCCCGCUAUUGCCCAUGGGCUUGCAGAAACUGAAGUAACCCACAUAAUUACCAGUAAGGAGCUUCUUCAAUCAAAAUUAAAGAGCAUACUUCCCCAGGUUCCUCUCCUGAGGCAUAUCAUCUUGGUCGAUGGCAGCACUACACAGCAGACUACCUAUCCCAAUAAUAUCACUGUGCACAGUAUGGCUUCAGUACAGGCUCUAGGAGCAAAGCAAGUAAACCAGCAUCGCUCCUCUCCGAAGGCAAAUGACAUCGCUGUGAUUAUGUAUACAAGUGGGUCUACAGGCAUUCCCAAAGGAGUGAUGAUCUCUCACAGCAAUAUCAUUGCUGGCAUAACCGGCAUGGCACAGAGGAUAACAAACCUGGGAGAGCAAGACACAUACAUUGGUUACUUACCUUUAGCACAUGUGUUGGAGUUGAGUGCUGAGUUGGUGUGCCUGUCCCGUGGAUGUGGAGUGGGCUAUUCUUCACCACAGACACUCUCAGAUCAGUCUACUAAAAUCAAGAAAGGAAGCAAAGGUGACGCAUCAGAGCUUCAGCCCACCCUAAUGGCUGCUGUCCCAGAAAUCAUGGAUCGUAUUUAUAAGAAUGUUAUGAGUAAGGUAGCCACAAUGAGUGCGGUUCAGAAAGGUCUCUUCUCUCUUGCCUACAACUACAAGAUGAAGCAGAUUUCCAGAGGAUACAGCACCCCGUUAUGUGACAGGAUUGUAUUCUGGAAAGUACGAAAACUUCUAGGAGGGAAGUUGAGGGUCCUACUCUCUGGCGGUGCCCCUCUAUCGGCUGCUACUCAGCGCUUUAUGAAUAUCUGCUUCUGCUGUCCAGUAGGACAGGGCUAUGGACUCACGGAGACAUGUGGUGCUGGCACCAUUACUGAAUUUUGGGACUUUAGUACAGGCAGAGUGGGAGCACCUUUGGUAUGUUGUGAAAUAAAGCUCAAGAACUGGGAAGAAGGGGGUUACUUCAAUACUGACAAGCCAUUUCCCAGAGGAGAAAUCUUGAUUGGUGGACCUAAUGUUACAAUGGGGUAUUACAAGAAUGAGCUGAAGACAAAGGAGGACUUUUGUGUGGAUAAAAAUGAUCAGCGCUGGUUUUGCACGGGGGAUAUUGGUGAAUGCCACCCUGAUGGCUGCUUAAAAAUCAUCGACCGGAAGAAAGACCUGGUGAAGCUCCAAGCAGGGGAAUAUGUUUCACUUGGGAAAGUGGAAGCUGCGUUGAAGAACCUUUCCAUUGUGGAUAACAUCUGUGCAUAUGCAAACAGUGAUCAGUCAUAUGUUAUUGGCUUUGUGGUGCCAAACCAAAAGGAUCUCUUAAAGUUGGCGGAGCAGAAGAGAGUUAUAGGAAGUUUUGAAUCUCUGUGCAAUAAUCCAACAAUGGAGAAAGAAGUCCUUAGAGUGUUGGCAGAAUCUUCUGCAGCAGCCACCCUUGAGAAGUUUGAGUUGCCAGUAAAGAUCCGCCUAGUCGCUGAGCCUUGGACUCCUGAAACUGGAUUGGUGACUGAUGCCUUUAAAUUGAAGCGCAAGGAGCUGAAAAGUCAUUACCAGGAAGACAUAGAGAGGAUGUAUGGGGGGAAAUAAAGCCCCCCCCCCCCCCAAGCCUUUUCGCCCUUUCAGAACAACUAGUUACUUCCUGUAGUGCUUGCAGAUCUGGCUCAGCGAAUUGGACCAGCAGUCCGCCUACAGCUAGCACCUGAGACCAAUGGAAAAGCUUGAAUAUAACCUACAUUGAACUUGUUACCAGGGAAAACAACAUUUAUAAUUUUAAAAGACAUUGCCCAUUUGUUUUAGCAGUCAGUAGUGUUCUUAAGUCAUUCAGUAGGUAUUUAAGACUGUCAUAUACCUGUACUUUGCUUUUCCUCUGUGCAGCCUUGUAGUGCUUUUACAAAAAAAAAAAUUUCAGAAUGCCUGAACUAGGGCUGUCUGUGCUGUGGAAUUCUAUGAAAUCGGGAACUAUUCCAUAGUGAUAUUUACCUCUGUGAUUCUGUCCUUUUAGGUGUGCGCCUUUCUAUACCACCCUAUAGCAGAGGUAGUAAGGGAAAUUCAGAGGUGCCCUCAUUUAAAGCAGCAGCCACUGUGUUCCAGUUCACUGUACAAUAGUUGUUUGUUUCUUCUUUGCCCUUUAAAUUUACAUGUUGCUACUACUUGAAGCCAACACUCUUAAAGAACUGUAUAUAAAGCUGCUCCAGACAUUGCCUUGCUUGGAUUGUUGGACCUUGCACACAGGGGCUAAGACAAUAUUGCAGGAUGGGGGGGAAAAAAUACUAAAAUUUAAAAAAUCCCAUUCGUACAAUAGGAAAUUUUUUCCAUGAUAAGGCAAUAUGUAUUAAUUUAUGUUGUCUAAACCCUGCCCUACACAUUGCAAUCUCCUUUGACAGAAACUGUGUAUUAAGAUGCAUUACUUAAUUGGAUAUAAAUUGAAUUGAGCAUUUAAGCAGGCCCUUAUAUUACACUACAGAGUUGUUGGUAUACUUUAAGUAGACUAUUCAGAGAUUGUAAUUUGUAUGGCCGUUUUUAAGACUAGCAGUCGUCUUCAAGAUGGCUGGAGACUGUGAAUAAGCUAUGAAAAAAACUUUUAAUGUAAUUCUAGUCAUUUGGGGGGGCUUUUGGCCAUGCAUCUGAUACAAGUGAUAGCUUGUAUGUGGUUGACAUCCUGUAAUACUAAAGAGACAUUUUCAUACUAUAUUAACCUAACAGUUCAUAUACAGAUUAAAGGAAAUCUGGCUAUAUUUAUUGUCAUUUACAGAAAUUUCUGACCCCAGAUUACAUACAGUUCUGUUUGUAACUGUCUCAUGUAAUUCUGAAUGUGGAUGACCUGUCCACUUCAUAACAACCUGCUCUCGUUUAAAGGACCCAUACACCAUUUGAUCCGGCUAGCCAGCCAUAGCUUAAGAUGUCUACAUGGCCACAUUUUAAAGAGCUAGUUCAGUGGCUGUGCUGACAGAAGCAUUUGUAUAAUUCCAUAUACUAAUAGAUUGUCAGUUGACAGAAUUAUUAUAGCACAAGUUGAUGUCUCAAUGAAUGCAAAUGCACAGUUGUGUAUCUCUAAUCCUAUGAGUAGGGUUAUUGCUGACAGAUUAGAUUUAAAAUAGCCUGGUCUGUUGCUAUUUCUGUAUAUCUUCAUUAGUAAUGGAAAUGGGGCCAUUAUGGCAUUGACACCGCUCAGUAAAUUGUCUUUGGUAAUGUUUCAGAGAGAACCGAUAAAACCCUUGAAGUGAAUGAGUGUCAGUUAGUUUUAUGAAGUUACAGGUCAUUUUCUUUAGUGGUCAACCUCUGGAAAGGAAAUAGAACUACGAUUUUUAUUUCUUGGCUUUCCCCAUAAUACAAUCCACAUGUUAAUGCCAGUCAAUUAAAAUCUGUAAGAAACAAUGGAAAGAAAGCCUUUGUUUCUAUAUAAGAUGUGCUAAUAUAUUUUUCUUACAUCACACUACAUGUAUCUGCAUACUGUGUACAGGAUAGAAUAUAACUCUCUCCUCCUGUCUUGUUGGUGUCUGUCUGUUGACUGCUGCUUUAAAUGCAAUACAAAUCUACUUUCAGAGGAACUGCAAGGUUACAUGAAACUUAAUAUGAAGUCUUUGUUAGUCGAUAGCUUUUCUUACAUUGGCAAAUGGAUUCAUUUUAUAAAACACUCAAACUGAUGUUUAGACAUCCAUUAUCUCAUCCAUAUAGACCAGUGAUGGCGAACCUUGGCACCCCAGAUGUUUUGGAACCAUCUUUGCCAUGAUGCUUAUCUACACUGCAGAGUGCAUGAGCAUCAUGGGGAAUCUGAGGUGCAAAGGUUAGCCAUCACUGAUAUAGACUGUUUAUUUUCCUUCAUAUACAUUCAGGGUGUUAGGUACACACACAUAAUUGCAGCAUCUUGGCACACUGAAAUGGCAUGGGUCAGCACUUGUCUAUGUGUACAUUACAGUCUACAUUAUCAGGAUGUUUGCAUCUACAGCCCUGUGCCUUUUCUGGUAGUGGCGUGAGCCUGAGAAGAUUUAUCAAUCUGCUACCAUGCAAGGACACAAUGUUCUUGGUCAUUAAUCCUCUGGACGUUUUUUUGAACAAGAAUAAUUUGCUGUACAUUUGUAUGUAAAUUUAUUUUUUAACUUAGUAUUUGUAGGAAACCGUCCUUUGUUCUUGGUGGAUCUACAUGUGGCACUCCUCCACAUAAUGCAUACGUGUCAUGUCAGUUGUCUUCCUUUUUUGUCCUACAUAGUGUUAGCUGAGCUCUGUAUGCUUCUUGCUAUAGGGGGAAUGCUAGAUUGUGAAUAGGGCAUUAUUUAUUCAUCUUUUCUUUUAUAACCUGCCAAUAUUGUUUACUUGCCUCAUACCUGUGGAAUGAGAGCAUAUGUAUAGUUCAUUAUCUCAUGCUUGUAUGAUAUAGGGUGAGCCUUAAGCAAACAGUUUUUGUAGAAAGUAUGUCCCUUUCAAGCUAGAUCUAAAGUCUAGAAUUAAACAUUGCAGUUCCAAAUGGUGGUGAGGAGGUAACAUAAUAAAAAUAAACGCAGAACACUUGCGUUCUAAAGGCAAGUAUAAAAAAGAUUGCAUCAGUGCUUCCUUGUUUAGACUACUAUGACAAAAAAAAAUACACACACGCACACACUAGAGAGCAUUUAGUCCUCCAAAUGCAUGUAGGAUGGUUGAAUUCCCGAAGCUGUCUCCUCCUUGGCUAAAAAGGGAAUUCUCAAAAACACUAUCUCUGAAUACCUAAAAAAUAAAUAAAAAUCUGACAUUUGAAAUUGCAAAUUGAUUCAUACAUGCAGCAUAAAUGUGUUGCAAAUUGUAAUAGAGUAUAGGAUCAAAAAGUAUUCCAACAGGCAUUAUAAUUGUGUUAUAAUGGUAUAUGUCUGGUUUGGAUUCAUUUGGUUUAUUUUUGGAAACCUUAAAAAAAGGUUCCUUUCCUCACCCCUAGUAGUUAUUCUCUGAAAAUAGAGCAGAGACCAGAAGAGGCACCAUGUAAAAUGUAGUCAUGCCUGAAGGAGAAAAAAAAAUCUUUUUUUGCUGCUUUCAUAGCCUUGCAACUCCUUUCUGCUAGCUUAUUCUUGCAUUAAAACAAUUCAAACAUCAGAGGGACUAGAGGUUGCAGAGUUUAUGAAAAAGCCAAGAAGGAGACAGCCUGAUAACCUCAAUCUCCCAAGAUGCAUCUGAAAAACAAAAGGCUGCCAUGCUGUUUUAGACCAUGAAGUGCUAAUCCAACCUUAUUUAACUUAUGUCUGUGCAAUCAGUUGUAUUUUUAGCUAUAUUAAGCCACCCAUGGGGACUUCAAGUUUCUAUCUUGAUUUUAGGACUGCUUUUUAGCGGGACUGUUUUUUUGAUGGUUAUAUAGUGGGGGGAAAAACCAACAUGGAGACCAUCGUGUUAUGUAAGUAAUUUGUAAUGGUUUGGUAGGUGCAUUUUUUUUUAUUGGUAGAUACGCAUAGACUACAUGCAUAACAAUAACCCAUGCUUUGAUAUUUUAAUAUGCCAACUAAACAUUAUAAAUUCCAAGUACAUUCAGUAUCUCUGCACUCAGAUUGGCAGGCUCAUUAGUUGUAAAUCAAUGGCACAUUUAUCCUGUUACCAUGCAACUAGUUUGUAAUAAUAUCAGGCCAGCAUAUUACUGCGCCAAACUGUUGUACAGCUAACAUGCUGUAAAUGAAAUUGUAUAUACUCUCUAUUAAGUUAUUUGUUUUAUGUACAGCUUCAUUUUCCUUUUAAGAACUCAUCUGUAUUUUCAAGUAAAUGCAAACUGUUACAUUCAGAUUUAUGUGCUGAAAACCAACCAAAGUCUGUGUAGAAGGUCUCCCACCAAUUCUUCCUUUUUAUGAAACCAUUACAUUUGAGGUUUAUUUUAUUGUG